GCUCAAUGUGCUCAAUUUCGUGUGACGACACGACACACGGCAGUCCGGGUGUCAGAUAAAUUGUUUUGAAAAUCCAAGAAAUAUGCUGAAAAAUAUAUGGAACUUCCGGCUAAAUAAACUUGUGCCAGUACUCAAAUGCAAUAAAUUGCAUUUGUCUGUUCGCUCAGUAUCCAGCGAUGAGUCGUCCAAGAACACCCAAAAUCGCCAAAAUCGGUCACUACCACCUCUGAUGGAUUUUCCUGAACUUGUAUGGCCAACUGUGUUCAAAUCAAUGCGAAACUGGAUUCUGGUCAACUUUAUCAUCCGUCCUUAUAUCGACAAGGAAUUCAACAUGCCAGAUUUUGUAUUUGGUGCUAAACAGGCUCUCCAGGCAGUGUCCACAAAACUCUCCGAUGGUGAUACAUCGGGAAUUUCAGAAUGGGUGUCCAAGGAGUGCGUCAAUGAACUCGCAAAGUCCCUCAGGAGCAUGUCAGUAGCUCAAAGACAUGAGAUUCGAGUCAUCAAAGAGGAUAUCUAUUUUUCCUUCCCCUACCAAGUCGGUAUAAUUUUCGAUGAAAGUUCCAGCAGUAAUGAUACUACUCAAAAGCGUUGGGUUGAGAUUACAAUGAUUUUCCAUGCUCUCAGGGGGCUCCAUGAUAUGCAAGAGCGUGGCGAAACACCACCAAUAAAUUUAGGAGUAAUGCCAGAGUAUAGAGAUAAGAUUUCAAUAUGUAACUACAGAUUCAUAAAGGAGUUCACGAAAGGCAACGAAUCUGACUGGACAAUAAAUAUUGUGAACCACUUCAAACCCAACGAUCUCCUAGAAGAAUGAUCUUCCGGGAGAAUCUUUCAAUUUUCUAGGCACGUGUAAAUAAAAAAACAUAGAAUUUGAAAAACAAAUAUUAUUACAUGGCUAAAAUA